AUGAUGGAAGAAUAUCAAGAAAUAAAUAAAAUUUUACAUGAAAUUGAUGAUGGUAAUACUAAAAGAAAAGUUCAAUUGGUAAAAAAUAAAAAGGAUGGAAAGUUAUAUGUUUGUAAAACUAUAGAUUUUAAUAAUAAUAAUGAAACGAAAGAUAGUAAGGUUAAAAGAGAAAGAGAAUAUUUAUUUUUAAAACAAUAUUCAUCACCUAGCUUUUCACAUUUAAAUAUUGCUAAAUACAUUAAACACUUUGAAACCAGAGAUAAUCAUGGAUACCUUCAAAAAUUAACAAUAAUAAUAGAAUAUUAUGAGGGUGGUGAUUUAACUAAUUUAAAGAAUUUAAACGAAGUCCUACCAAAAGAUAUAAUUUACCUCUUUUUUACAAUGUUAGUCAUUUUAAAAGAAUUUAAAAAUUCAAUUAUUCAUAGAGAUAUUAAACCUGAGAAUAUAUUUUUCGUUAAAAAUGGACCAGAUCUAGAAUUUUAUUUAGGAGAUAUGGGAAGUUCCUCAAUGGUUAUAACUGAUCAAAAAAAUACACUUAUUGGUACAAAUCAAUAUAUGGCGCCUGAAAUUGAUUUAGGUGGAUAUACAUGUAAAGUUGAUAUUUAUAGUCUAGGUAAAACAAUGUUAUCACUUAUCACUUUAGUUCAUUCACCAAUGAAUUCAAUUUUUGAAUCAUUAUUUCAAUUAUGUACAUUAGAGAAUUUCAAAAUAAGGCCAUCAAUAGAUCAAUUAAUUGAAUUUGUUUGUAGACAGUAUGAUCAAUCAAGAUAUACUAUAUCAUUGUCAAGUUAUACUCAUCCAAACACAAGAUCAAUCAUAAAGUAUUUUAAAGAUAAAAAAUUCAAUAUACUCAAAGAAGGUGAAAAAAUCAAUUUUAAAAUUGACAUUCAAAGUAAAUUUUACAAUUGUAUUAGUGUAUAUAGGGGUUUCGCUUAUAAUGAAUAUAUAGUUGAAGAAGAGGAGAAAGAAAAGGAAGAAUAUCAAAAGGAAGAAAAUCAACAAUCAAUUCCAAAUGUUUUAUCCAUUGUUGAAUUAAUUCAACCACCAUUACAGGAUCUCUCCAAAGAUUUUGAGAAUGUAUUAAUAAAUCAUAUAAAUUACAUUAGAGAUGGUGGUAUUAAUGGAUCUAUUAGAUCACUAUUACAUCCUGAUAUAAUUAUCAAGACUAAAUGUGAUAGGGUAAAAGGUUUUGAAAUAAAGGCUCACUCUAAUAUUACUAAUACCGAAGGUUUAUUCAUUGAAAAUGCACAUUUAAUUUAUAAACCAGUCAAUUUAUCUUGGAAAAAGAUAUUCUUAGAAAGAGAAGACGAAAUCACUCCAGAUGUUCAAUUAAAAGCUGUCUUCUUAUCUUUAUUGGUAGCUUUUAAAAUCUCAAACGAUGAAAAUGAUUUUUUAACCGGUACACUAUUUGAUAAACUCAUGGAACAUAUUUAUUUUGUGAAAUCACCGUCACUACCACCACCAUCACAAAUUUCACCAAUUAAAGAACCACUCUCUUCUUAUGAACUAAAGAUUUCUUUCCCUUUCAACCAUAGGGCUCAUAUCUAUGGUGUAAAAGUACCUUUAAACCCAAACUAUUUAAAUUUGUUUUUUGGUGGUGAAAUAAAGGAUACUUUAAUAUCAAAUCUUAUUCAAACAUUGAAUAUAUUAGCUCCAAACAAUUUACAAUAUAAAAGCAUUUUAAUUAAAUUAAUAUCAAUUAUUUUAAAAGAAGAGAAAAGAAUUUUAAAAUCAUAUUCAAAUUUAGGUUUAGAGAUUUAUUUCAAAGAGUUUAAUGAAAUAAUUAAAAAUGAAAUUGCUUUAGAGGGUAUUGUAUCAGAUAAAUUAUUAGUUUCAAAGAUAGAUACAACAAAGAAAAUUGAAAAGAUAAGAGGUUUUAGAAAUGGUCAUUCAAAUUCAGAUGCAGAUAUUUAUAUUUCAGAGUUUAAAGGAAAAUAUUAUGCAAUUGAUAAAUUUGAACAUAUACCCGGUCUUUUUGAAAUAUUGGAACCAUUUUCAAAUAAAGCAAUCGAUGAUUUUAAUCAACAUUUCAAAUUCAUUUCAACUUUUGUUGAUGUCAACGAAUCUUUUGGAUUAGUGUAUACAAUAUUCGAAUUACCAUCAUCCUUAAUUAAUUCUUAUCAAACUACAAGAAAAUCAUGUGAAAAUAAAAAUAUAUUAGAUAAAGAUAAAACAUUUAGAAAUUUAUUAAAUCAACAUCUCUCAUAUUAUCAAAAUAUUCAAAAUAAUAGAUAUAAACUAAAUGGAACUGAUUUAACAAGUAAAAAAUUAAGCUUCACGGAAUAUCAAUAUAAUAUAAUUAUUUCAAAUGAUUGUGAUAUACAUUAUUAUUUUAGUUUUGUAGGUAAAAAUGGUUCAGGUUUAGUUCAAUCAUUCUUUGAUAUAGGUGCAUGGGUUUAUGGCGAUGAAAAUGUUAAAAAAAUUAAAGUUUUAUCAUUUUUUUAUUUAUUACAGUGCUUAUUUGAUUAUCAAACAAAAAAUACUCAUAAUAGUGUUGAUAUUGAUUUCCCAAAUAUUCUCUAUUAUCUAAAGAAAUUUUAUUAUUCAUCACUUGUUGAUUAUGGUCUCAAUGGAAUGGAUUCUUCAAGUAAAAUAUUCAACUAUGAUUUGAAUAAUUCAUAUUCAUUUAUAAAAAUUGGAUUUUUAAUUUAUAAUAUUUUAGAUUUAUACAAACCAAAUAUUAUUCCAGAUCAAACAUUAUAUUAUGAUUCCGAUCUAAUAGUAAUGUUACUAGAGAAUAGUUCUAAUAAAUUUUUAUGUUUUAGAAAACAAUAUUAUUCAGAUUUAGAUAAAACAAAAUUAAAAUUAACUCCAGAGAAUAUUGUACCACAAAAUAAUGAUAAUGAUAAUUCAAUAAUUUUAUUACCAUUAUUAAUUAUUAAAGAUGAUAUUACAUCAUUUCAUUUCUUUGAUUAUAACCUUAAAGAUUCAAUUAAAACUAUAGAAGAUUUUAAUAAUGAAAAAGAAUGUUUAUUAUAUUAUCUACAAAACAUUCAAAAGAAUCCAUCAAAUGCAAAUUCAUUGGUUUUAAUUAAUUUAAAUUUAUUUGAAGAAAAUGAAAGUACUGAUAAUGAAUCAUUUUUAUUUUUUGAUAUCUUUUAUUUAAUUAAACAACUACAUGGUCUUUCAACAAUAAUUGAUAGUUGGGAUAACUUUAUUUCAUCAUUAUCAAAACCUAUAUCAUUGGUUUCAAAUUAUAUUCAAACCAAUUUAAAAAAGAUAUUAGAUGAUCCACUAUCAAUAGAUAUACUAUAUAAUGAUGAAUCAAUGAGUCAUUUCAAACCUUUUAUAUAUGAUAAAAUUAAGGAAAUAAAAAAAAACGUUUGGUUAAUUAGAGAUAAAAAUAAUAAUAAUUAUAUUAGAAAAUUAAGUGGAUACAUUAAAUCUAAAUUUAAAGAAGUUGAGAAAUAUGGUUUUGAAUUCAUAGAUGAUGUUUCAAUUUCAAAUCCUUAUUUAAAAAUUGCAGUAGAAAAUGGUUGGCCAAUUUCAUUUUUAUCAAGCCAUUUUAAAAGAGAUAAUUCAAAUCUUUUUGAUUAUUUAUUUAAUAAAGAGUUAAUAAUAUUAGAAUUAUUGAAAGAAAAAGGAGUUGAUGGGAUUUCUCAAUUGGAAUCCUAUUUUGUUGAAAAUAAUAUCAUUUAUAUUUUGACAAAGUACCAUGGUGAUUAUUCAAAUUUAGAAGAAAUCAAUGAAUUAAACCAAGAGGAUUUAUUUGAAAUUUUAGUUCAAAUGAGUGACAAAUUGAAGAUAUUAGAAAGUUUACAAAUAUACCAUAGAGAUAUUAAACCUGAAAAUAUAUUAUUUAAACGUGAAAUUGUUAAUGGUAACAUUCAAUCAAAAGUAUGUCUAAUUGAUUUCAGUAUCUCUGAUUUUGGUUUUAUUCUUAAAACAAAUGAAUCCGGUUCAAAAAUGUAUCAAGCACCUGAAAUCUAUCAAGAAGAAUAUAGAUCAAAAGAAAACGAUAUUACAAAUCAACAUUAUAAAUUGGACAUUUACAGUUUAGGUUUUACAUUAUCUCAUUUAAUGAAAAAAUUCAAUUGUAACCCUCCUUCAUUAGUUCAAAUUGUCAAAAAGAUGAUAAAACAUAAGGCAUUUUUGUUGAAACAACCAACUUUAUAA